ACUACAGCCACAUGUCCUCUGCCAGCAGUGAGCUGUCUGUGGAAGAGGCGCAGGACCCUUUCCUGGUUAGCAUCCACAUAAUCGCAAACCCCGGGGAAUCCCAGAACCUGCAGGAGGCCAUCGACAAGGUCUUAGCUUGGAUCCACCCAGACCUCCAGCUGUUCCGAGUCUCCGAGCGAAAGGCGUCUCGCCGGCGGAAGAAGCCCCCCAAGGCUGCGCAGCCGGCCCUGGCGGUGGUCCUCUUCCUGCAGGAAGAGUACGGAGAGGAGCACAUCCUGCAGCUGCACAGCACGCUGCAGCGGCCCCCGUGGCACUUCCACCACGCUGAGCGGGUGCAGGGCCGCUUCCUGCCCUACCUACCCUGCAGCCAGGACUUCUUCACGCUGGCACCCGGGACACCGCUCUGGGCAAUCCGGCCAGUGCACUACGGCAAGGAAAUCGUGCGCUUCACCAUCUACUGUCGUCACGAGAACUACCAGGACAGCCUCAAGUUCUACGAGCUGGUUCUCAAGCGAAGCCCCAGUCAGAGGAAAGCGGACUUCUGCAUCUUCCCCAUCUUCUCCAAUCUGGAUGUGGACAUUCAGUUCUCCCUGAAGAGACUAGCCCCCGACCAGACCCCAGUCCCAACCGACUCCUCUGUCUUAGAGUUCCGGGUCAAGGACAUCGGCGAGCUUGUACCUCUCCUGCCUAACCCUUGCAGCCCCAUCAGUGAGGGCCGAUGGCAGACAGAGGACCAUGACGGGAACAAGAUCCUUCUGCAGGCCCAGAGGGUGAACAGAAAGUUUUCCAAACCAAGCAGAGCUCACCAGUUCGUGGAGAAGAGAUCUCCUCCCACCUCUUGUUCAGGCGGCACUGUACUGAACCACACUUCUUCCCCUAGCCAGCAACCCCUGCCGGACAGUCCCCACCUGGCGCUCAACCAGACAGGCUUACCUAACAGGGACCAGCAGGAAUUUGCCAGACAAGCCGGCAACCCUGCCAGCCAUCUGUUGUCUUCCCAGAGAAGCAAGUCCUUGUUUUGUUUGCCCAUGGGAUGUCCCUCCCCAGCCUCCUUGGCUGGACUACAGUGGCUCACAAACACAGAUCCCCGAGGGCACAGUACAGCUGAAUGGAGGCACAGCCAACCCCUCUCCAUUGACGACUUAGAGGGGGCCCAGGAGACCGAUGUGGACACGGGCCUGAAGCUGUCCUCAUCAGACCUCUCCAUCGUCUCUGCAUACUCUGCACCUAGUAGGUUUUGCAGUCCUGUGGAGACAGAUGUUCCCUCAGAAGCAAGCAGCAGUCAUUUGCCCCAGUACAAAGAUUCCAGAGAAGGCCUGCUGCCUAUGUUGAGCACAGUGGCCCCUGAGACCCCCAGCCCCUCCCUUCCUUUCCUAGCCAAAGGGUCUUGUAGUUCCUCGGUGAUUUCUGUCACUGCUUCCUCAGCUUCCGGCACCUCCUCACUCACAGAAUCAUCCCAGGGGCCCUCUUAUGACAUUCCUAAUGCCAUGCCAUCUGGCAGAAGCGUCCCACCAUCCCCAGCAUUGGCUGGCCCUGGAAAUGAAGAGGAGGAGGAAUUCUACAUCUAAAGCCCAGCGUUUCCACACGGACUCACACAUAGGCUGAGAGCCCCUGCCUCUCAGGUGUCUCUGAGCACUACUAGUUUUCUCAGCCCUGCUUCCACACAUCUCUUUAAAGUUUAAGGAUCAGUUUCUUAAGGAUCACUCGUACAUUUGUCAUUACCCACCCCUGCCCGCCACCCCAGUUCUUAUAUGAGCUGAUGGUAUAUUUCUAAGGACUUGGAAAAAAUACUGACAUUUCAAUGCAAAUAAAUCUCAACAACCUUGGGUUGUAAAAUAUAUUUUUGAAUAUGCCAUUUGAGCUAUGAUUUAGUAUGUGUAUACAAUGUAAAUGUGUCAUAUGAGGUAUUUGGAUGAAAAGAAAGUAUAAUCAGCUAGAGCUGAUUUAGCAAUUUUUCAUGCUGUGAAGGAAAAUUAAAAUCAAAAGGCUGAAACUGGGACAGAUUGAGUUACUUGUACGAGAGAUUAGUGUAUAAUUACAUAGUGUACCACUUACUAGAGAAAAAGCAAAA